GGCUGUGCUGCAAAUCUUGAUUGGCUUUUGCCCGUAAAACGGCGAAGGUUUAGGGCCAGCGACGCGCAAAGCACUAAAUAAAACAGCCGGUUAGUUUUUACCUCCAAAACUUAGGCUUAUCCCCUGCAGCAAUAUAGAUGAUCCAGGGCCCAGGGCUACGGCGCCCCCCCUAGCGCAGGGGGGGGCGCCGUGCAGUCCCGGACCCCUUUUGAACGUGUCUGCCGGGGGUGGAAGGCCUGAAAAGGUGGCCAAGGGGCCUUCUCCGCUCCCUUCCCGCUGCCUGGCGGUACCCUACAGCCCUCCGAUUCAGGUUGAAGGCUUCAAAAGGGGCCCAAGGGACCGCCUCCGCGCCCUUCCAGCUGCCUGCCUGUGCACUACAUGUCUCCGAUAAAUAUGCUUCGCCGCCGCAGCAGUGCGCCGGUUUUGGAAAGCCUCCGAAGGCGGCAAAAGGCGAGGGGCGGGGCCCCCUGGGCCGUGCGGCUUGUACCCUCCUGGCCCUUGGUCAUCGGCUUGCUCGCUCUUGAGACCGUGGCCGCCUUCGGCGGCCUUUUCCCCCGGAGACCUCUAGCCUGCGAGGGUCCGCAGAGGCCAGGAGGUCCCCGAGGAACCUGCAGAGAGGCGCAGGGGGACGCCCGCUCCUAGUUUUGACGCUCUCCGCCGCUAGAACCUGCGGAAAUCAGCGCGGAAGAGAGCGCGCGAGCGCCACCACAGACCAGACCACAGGGGGGGACCGUGCAGCCCUACAACAUAUAUAGAGGAGAAGAAUAGCCACUGCGGCCUCCCGCCAAGUUUUGCUGAUCUUUCAAGGAGAAAGAUAGCCCCUGCGGCCUCCUUUUAAAUGAGUCUUCACCAACAAACCAUUAACUGAGGGAGUCACCCUUCUGCAACACUUGAACGCGCCAUUAAUGAAUACGAACGAUAGACGUCAAUACUUGAAACGACUACUCAACUGACACCUCUGUAUCAUUCAGAGUAGAGCCUGAACGGCUGUCCUCUGUCUGCACGGGUCAGCUGCCGCCUCAACCUCAGGCUUCUUGAAUGUCAGACUUCUCUGCGCCCACCCCAGCUGGUGCGCUGGCCAUUUGGCCGAAGACUUUGGAAUUGGAAUUGGAAAAACAAUGUACUAAAGUUUAGACUCUUUGCUUGCUAAGCCAGUGAGAGAAAGAGAUCGUCGCCUUCAUAAUGUUUUGUUGCUUUUUCUCACCUCAUGAAGUAGUAUUAUUAAAUACUCCUGCAAGAUGUGCGCUCUACUAGAUUGAAUCACGACUCAACGCCUGAUCUCGUUGUUUGCACCAAGUAGAGGAUGCUGGAGAUUUCGAAGACAUGAGCAAUAUCGAUGAGAACAAUCACGCUCACGCAAGAUCAGACUAUUAGAAGACAUAGCGAUGCAAUUUGAGACAUCCUUUGUGCGCCCUACUAGAUUGAAUCACUCGACGCCUUAUCUCGUUGUUUGCACCAAGUAGAGGAUGCUGGAGAUUUCGAAGACAUGAGCAAUAUCGAUGAGAACAAUCACGUUCGCGCAAGAUCAGACUAGUCCAAGACAAAGUGAUGCAAUUUGAGACAUCCUUACAUGUAGUCCUACAAAUAAUCGAGAAACAUGAUGAUAGAUUUUUCGAGCGUAGGCUCCUCCUCUUGUAAACAUGGCGUAAGGGUGUUCCUGGCGACCUUCAUGAGAAAGGGGGAAAGCGAAAACCAGCAGGACUCCCUUGUAUACCAAACCACAGCCCCGAUCGCGCAAAAAGUGCAUUUGAAACACUCGAGGUACCACGACAAGACGCGAUUGCGAAAAAGCUCGCACGCGACGAAGUGCACCAGAAGGGAUCCAAACAUAGGGAAAAUGCAUCUCAAACCCUUGUGGAACCGUACUGGAGAGAAUGUCGAGAUGAAGGAGACGGUCGUGGUCCGGUUUCCUAGUGAUAAUUCUUCGCCUCAUGAUGAGGUGAAGGCGUUGCUUCAGGCGACUUCCAUUAUAGCAGGACGCCAUCUUUCUUGCUUUUUCUUAUAGUUAGGGACCCCGCAUUAUGACGGCAUAUCAAGUCUACUACUAGCGUCUCGCGUGAAAUACACUCCUCGAUUGAGCACCAUCUUGCCAUAGCUGUCGAAAAAGUGGGAAACUUGAGAAAAUGAUUAUUCUACACCGAUAUUUUUGUGACACUUUCUAUUUGUCAAAGCCAUGAGGGACGCAAAAGCGAAUCGAGUAGAAAGCAUGAGUCGCGCUAAACAUCCGAG